GACCCUGGCCGCCCCGCGCGGACACUGGAGCAAAAUGAUGCUUCAACACCCAGGCCAGGUCUCUGCCUCAGAAGUCAGCGCCUCGGCUGUGGUGCCCUGCCUGUCCCCUCCUGGCUCGCUCGUGUUUGAGGAUUUCGCUAACCUGACCCCUUUUGUCAAGGAAGAGCUGAGGUUCGCCAUCCAGAACAAGCACCUGUGCCAGCAGAUGUCCUCGGCGCUGGAGUCGGUCACGGUCAGCAGCAGACCCCUCGAGAUGGCGGUCACCAAAGCCGAGGUCGCCCCUGAAGAAGAUGAGAGGAAAAAGAGGCGACGGGAAAGAAAUAAGAUUGCAGCCGCCAAGUGCCGGAACAAGAAGAAGGAGAAGACGGAGUGUCUGCAGAAGGAGUCAGAGAAGCUGGAGAGCGUGAAUGCAGAGCUGAAGGCUCAAAUUGAGGAACUCAAGAAUGAGAAGCAGCGCCUGAUCUACAUGCUCAACCUGCACAGGCCCACGUGCAUCGUCCGGGCGCAGAACGGGCGGACUCCGGAGGACGAGCGGAAUCUUUUCAUCCAACAGAUAAAAGAAGGGACAUUGCAGAGCUAAGCACAGGGUGCGGGGGCCAAGGGGGAGUCCUCAUCGAACCCUCCUUUUCCAUCCAACAUCCUGAAGCCAUUGGAGAUCUGACUUCCUGUGCGCCUCUCAAAUCCCAGCAGCAAGGCCUGUCGAGGUGGGGCCCUCGGUGACUCGGGGGCCUCCACUCUGCCCCAGAGUGGACUUGCGGCCAGGGACAGGGUCCCUCUGCCCUCCACGCCAGGAUUUAGGCCUGACAUAGUGGCCAUUCUUGGACCCCCCAGAUGGCCCCUUGGUAGGGUCCUGCCCACUUCUCAUCCGGAUUCUACCAAAACCAGGACCCCUACCCCUGGAUUCAUGCAGCAGUGUCUGUGCCUUGGGUGGAUGGCAAGGACCACCUCUGCAGCAGCUGCCGCUGUCACAGACAAGGUCGUGGAGUGAGAAUGGCACGUAGGAGGCCGAGCAGGCCAGGCUGAGCUUCCUCGCGUAUGCGCCAUGAGUGGGAGUGGACGUGGUGCAGAACAUGGCUCCAGCCGCCUCGUGCUCCUCUCUCGUCUGUGUGCACAUCCCGGUGUGACUUCUUCCUGACUUCCUCAGUCCUGGUUUCUGAGUGUGCGAGACGCCCUCUCCCUGAGGGUGCAGUGUCUGACAGGUGGCCGGAAGAGCUGGCCAGCCCCGGCGUCCUGCAGACUACCCAGACAUCAGUCACACUCAUGGGCAGAUGGCGACCCUCGGUGACAAGCUCAGCAGUGGCUUCCCAGGAAGCAAGUCCUGCUCCAGGGGCUUGGGACUCUCGCUCCACCUCCAGGUCGGGGUUCUCGCUGGGCUGGAAGAGCCGAAAAACCUCCCAUAUUUCUUUCCUUGCCGUCAAAAGCCACCUCCAAGGGCGCUUGAGGCCCGGUGAUGCCCAGGCUUUAGCAUUAUUGGAUGUGAAUGGCAUUGUUUUUGUCACGCAGGUGUUGGUGGCCACUGGCCUGGAGGUCACUUGCUAUGGCCGCAGAACUCUGGGCCUCAAUUCUGACAUUUCUGUGAAAUACUCAGAGUGUUUAUUCCUAUUCAGUAGUAUUGCUACAGUUUACUGUAAGAGAAGAUAUUACUUAUUUAUCCUUGUACUCCUAACCUGUCAAGAUAAUAAACAUUGGACCCAGG